AUGGCUAUGCGCCGUUAUGGGACGUGUCCCUCAAAAAAUUUUCACAGAAUUCAAUUAUUCCAAAAUUUAUUCGAAUUUAAAUUUUCAGAUAUGAGAUUUAGUGUUUUAACAGUUAGUGAUUCCUCAUCCCAAAAUCCUUCUCUCGAUAAAAGUGGUCCUUUAUUAAUUGAAUUAUUCUCAAAUUCAUUUAAGUUCAUCGAAAAAGCUCAAUUAAUUGACUACAAAAUUGUGCCGGAUGACAAAAAAGAAAUAGCUGGUUAUUUGCGCAAUAAUUCAACAAAAGUUGAUUGUAUAUUAACAACAGGAGGAACAGGAUUUGCUAAAAGGGAUGUAACCCCAGAAGCAACAAAAGAAGUUAUUGAAAGAGAAUGUCCUGGAAUUGUUACUUCAUUAUUAGUUGGAGGAUUGCGUUCUACACCAUUUGCUGCAUUAACUAGACUUGCAGCUGGAAUUGCUGGCAAUUGUCUAAUUAUUAAUCUUCCUGGUAGUCCUAAAGCUGUACAAGAAGGUUUUGUUAUAUUGGAAGAGAUUUUGCCUCAUGCAAUUUCUCUUUUGAAAGAGGACCUUGAUGAGAUUAAAAAGGAUCACGAAAAUAUUUCACUUUAA